AUGGCGACCACGACGAGCAGUUCCCCGCCGCCGCAAAAAACUUCCUCCUGGCCUUGGAGCGGCCGGAAAAGACGGAAUAGCGAGAGCUCACUGACGUCGCUGCGAGAAUUCGUGACCGGGAGGAGGAACUCGCUUUCGGCGACCGAUGUGACGCAACCCAACGUUCUUCGGAAGAAGGCACCGGAGCCAUCGGUUCCCCAAGGACGCCCAGGUACUCUUCCAGAAGCCAAGAAGAAGGCUGAUGGGAAGGCCGCAGUGGUUACUCCCGCUGUCGCCGGUCCUUCGGAUGGCCCUCAAGAGAAAGAAAACAAAAAAUCGCGGUCGCGUUUGCUGGGAGCGAUGAGCGCGAAGAAGGGGGUCUUCAAGGAAGACAACCGUUUUCCGGGGCAAGACCCAUCAGCCCUCACCCAAGACAGACAAGCCGGGGGCGAGUGCUUCAUUUCCACCCUUCUCUUCGUGGCGCUAUCUCCGUUCCACUCCCAGCAGUCCAUCCAAAGCGCCCGUCCUCGAAAUCCUUCAUCUGCCGGCCGGUCCCCAGGUUUCAAACCGACUGCUGCGCCUCCCACCCUCCGCCCACCACGGUCCCGCUUCGACGGCCCACUGGCCGCCAUGUACCCCACGGAGGAACAGGAAUUUGUGCUCCGGUCGCCGCGGGCGAGCGGCACUCGGAUGGGUUCCCACCCGGGGCCCAGCAGCAGCAGCAGCGGAUCCGAGAUGGGGCACGCGCCGAUGAUCCACAUGCCGACGGCCCACCCGGGAGACGGCCCGCUACCCGGGGCCCCCGGCAGCGGCGGCGGAUACAACACACCGCGGCGGCUGUCCAACGGCAGCACCAGCUCCGUGGCCAGCAGCGCCGUGUCGGGCCGUGACAGCUUCGACGGCCGCGUCCGUGCCGCGUCCAUGGCCAGCAGCCAGACCAGCUUCGACGACUUCGUCCCCCGGGGCUCGUUAUCCGGCGGCCCCGUGACGUGGCAGACGCAGAACGGCGGGCCCGGCGCCGGCCAGAACUACCCCUGGCAGCGGCCGGCCCCCAUCAAGCAGCGGCGCAAGGCCCAGCCGGGUGAGCUGUUCGCCGCGCUGCCGGGCGAGGUGCUGGAGCUGAUCCUGGCGGCGUUGCGCAGGCUGCACUUGGAGCCCGGCAGCACCAGCUGUGCGACGUGCUGGAUGCGCGAUUGUUGCGCGGUGGCCGUCAGCGCCCGCAAGUUUGUCAAGUACGCCCGUGAGGCGCUGUAUCAGCAUGUGCAGCUGGUUGGGCACGAGGGGCCGGCGAUGAAGAAGCGGACUAAGACGACGUAUGGUUCGAGGUUGGUGUUGCUGCGUCGGACAUUGAGGGCGAAUGCGCAUAUUGCCGUAAUUGUGCGGUCGUUGAAGCCGCCGGCAAGGCCGCUUUCGGUUGGGGCCGUCGCGUAUAAUGAUCUGGUGGCGUCGGUGGUGAUGGCGUGUCCGAACUUCGAGCGGUUGGUGGGCUAUUAUCCGACAUAUGACCACUCCUUUCAGAGGUUAUUUCAGGCGUUGUCGACCCGGACGAGAUUGAAGGAUAUGAACUGGAUCCUGGAACCCUCGGUGCAGCAACGGCAACAGAGGACGCGGUCGCCUGCGCACAACGAUCGGUGGGCCAGGGGCAGCAUUGAGCCCGGCCAACCUGCUGGAAUCAGGCCUCUCCUCGCUCGCAACACGCCGAACGAGCGCCUCGAUCCAAACCCUCACCCUCCUCCAUAUGAACGUUGA